AGCACCGCUACCGGCCGACACCCCUUCGACGGUGGCGAAGCACUCUGAACUUGGAUCCCUUCGAGUUCACCUCACAUUGUCUCUUUAUUCACUAGAGCCUACUACGAUCGGAGGCAUCAUGGCAUUCCGGAGCUCAUGCUAUUCUUUCUUGACCACCUCAUCCACUAUCAAUAUCGCCGUGCGGACCAUGCUGCUUGCUGUUGCAACAUCAUUCUUCUUCACGGCGCUGGACAUGCACUUGCCAGUUCCGGCAGCAGUCGAGGAGUUGACAGUUGUUGGCUUGCUGCUCCUACUGGAGCUGAGUUUCAACAGUCGCCGGCAAACGUCAACAAAGAAGCAAAGCUGCGGUGUUGAAAGGAAGAUUAAGGAGGAGGAUAUCGUUUCGGGUCUGCUUGGAAGACUCCAGGUGGCGGCAAAAGCUGGGGAUACAGAUGCCGCAGAAGCCGCCAUGGAGAAGAUUCUGGCAAGCGGAUCCAAGCCAACCCUGGUAUGUUAUGGAGCAUUGAUCUCAGCCUUUGCCAAGGCAGGGCAUGUGAAGCGAGCUGAGCACUGGCUGGAGGCCCUGGAGGCUUCGAAUGUGGGCAGCCCUAAUGGCAUUUGUUUGAAUAUGUUGAUCAGCGCAUGUGCGAAGUCCAAUGCCGUUGAUCGGGCAGAGUACUGGUUGGCCAAAAUGCCUUCUUUGGGUUUGAGUCCUGAUGUCAUGAGCUACAAUGCUGUGAUUGAUGCUUGUGCCCGAACCGGAGAUGUGACGCGUGCUGAGAAUUGGCUUGACAAAAUGAAGACAGCUGGUACUAACCCGAACGUCGUCAGCUACAGCUCCGUUCUGCAUGCGUGCGCUCGCAGCUGUGAUGCAAGCCUUGCGGAGCAAUGGUUGACACGAAUGGAAAAGGAGGGCGCUGAGCCCAACGCCAUUUGCUACAACUCGGUCAUCAACGCUUGGUGCAAAGAGGGCAACAUGCGUAAAGCGGCUGCCUGGUUGGACCAGAUGUCAGAGCGUGGUGUUCAGCCAACAGUCAACAGCUACAGCACUAUCAUUGACAAGUUGGCGAAGGCUGGUGAUAUCGAUGCUGCAGAGAAUUGGCUCGCUCGCAUGGCUGAGGCUGGAGUGGAGGCAGAUGCCGUCAGCUACAACAUGCUCUUCAGUGCCUGCAGCAAGACUGGAGACUGUGCACGCGCAUCCAAGCUGUUUGACCACAUGCUGAAGCGCAAGGUUGUACCGAACACCAUCUGCUUCAACCUGCUGAUUAACACCCACAGUCGCCAGGGAGAUGUUUCCGGAGUCCUUUGCAGACUUCGCCAAAUGCGCGAGCAAGGGAUUCAGGCAGAUCGUGUGAGCUUCAACACCAGCUUGAAGGCGUUUUCUCGCUGUGCGGACCCAAAGGCUGCAGAUCAGAUGCUGGAAGAGAUGCACGCAGCCGGAAUGAAGCCUGAUGUCGCGACAUACAAUGCAUUUAUUGCGGUCUGUAUGCGGGCAAAGGAUGCCAAGAAAGCCGAGGGCUGGUUGUGCCGAAUGGCAAAGGCUGGUGUCAAGGCUGAUGCUGUCAGCUACUGUACAAUGAUCGACGCGUUUGCCCAAAGUGGAGAGUUGCAUCGCGCCGAGCAAUGGUUGGAGAAGAUGGAAGGAUCAGGACUCCAGGUCAGCUCCGGCACAUACGGCCUUUUGGUCAACGCAGUUGCCAAGAUGGGCGACAUCAGCAGGGUCGAGCGAAUCUUCAAACGGAUGGAGCAAGCGGCUGUGGAGGUCACGGGCUCAACCUACAAUGCCUUGAUCUCUGCCUGCGCACGAAAGGGAGAUGUAGAUCGAGCAGAGUUUUGGUUGAAGCGCAUGCGGGCAUCAUCGACGCAGGCAGAUGUUGCGAGUUACUCUUCUGUGAUCCACGCAUGUGCCAAAGCCAGCGAUCUGACACGUGCAGAAGCUUGGAUUGAGCAGAUGGAGCAGGAUGGCGUGCAGGCAAACGUUGUCACAUUCAACAGCGCCAUCAACGCCUGUGCACGCUGUGGCGACGUGGAGCGUGCAGAACAUUGGUUCAAGAAGAUGGUCAAGCAGGGCGUGCAGCCUGGCGUUCUCACGUUUAACUCCCUUAUCAACGCGUGUGCCAAAGCUUUGCAUCUGGACCGUGCCGAGAAGUGGCUGCGGGACAUGCCAAACCAUGGCCUACAGCCCGAUGAUGUCACCUACAGCACGGUGAUUCACGCAUGCGGUGCUGCACAGGAGCCGCAACGGGCAGACAACUGGUUGAAGGCAAUGCUUUCAGCUUUGUAUAGCAAAGGAGAUAAACCGAGCUCGUUCUGCUACAAUUCGGUGGCCCAAGCUUGGGUCAGAGGUGGGGAUGUCGACCGUGCUAUCUACUGGCUGUCGGAAGCGGAAAGUCUUGGCGUGGAAGUGUCUUUGGCCAGUCUGAAUAGCGUUGUAAGUGCUCUGACUCGUGCUCGUCGUCAUGAGGCAGAGAUCUGGUCAGCAAAGGUGAAUCGGAGUUCCGCUGCUCGGAACCAGCGGACCGAAAAGCCACGGUUCCGUGCUCCGAGACCUGAACGAGGUUGAAUGGUGCCUGUGGUGCCUAGCUACAUAGUUCAGAAGCUGAACAGCUUCAGUGACGCCUUGCAUCAUGUC